UUCUCUGACAGCGCGGGAUUCCUCUUGCUCCUCUCCUCCCGAGUCUGACUCCGCCUUCUCCUCCCCGGAAGUACGAGUGGUUGGAUUUUGGAAUUUCCCUCACUUCUUUACACUUUACACAGUCACUGUCCCGAACACGAACACGAACACCACUCCAUAAAUUCGGCUUCGAUUCCUCACUUCUCCAAGCUGGAUAGACACAGAGGAGACCGCUAUGGCCAUGGCUCCGGCCCCGACCGCCACUCCGGGCCUCCUUCUCGCUUCUCCGACUCCCCCCUCAACCAUCACGACACUCGCCGUACUCCCCUUCCCGGACCCCACCGUCGCCCCUUCGACAGCCCACCCCGCUACUCCACUCCCCCUCCCGCUCCCGCUCCCGCCGGUUUUCGCCCAAUGGGAGCUCCUGCCGGGGGUUUCCGUCCAAUCCCCGGCUCUGCCGCUGCCUUUGGCUCCAACUUCCAGCCCCCACCUGUUGCAGGUCAGAAACGAGGCUAUCCCUUCUCCGCCCGUGGAAGUUCUCCAGAUCACCCUGAUGGAAGCAAUUUUGCCAAGCUGUUUGUUGGAUCUGUUCCAAGGACAGCAACAGAAGAAGAGAUUCGCCCAUUGUUUGAAGAACAUGGAAAUGUGAUUGAAGUAGCUUUGAUAAAGGAUAAGAGAACAGGCCAGCAACAAGCCUUUACUCAUGCAGGAUGUUGUUUUGUAAAAUAUACAACCUCAGAAGAAGCCGAUAGAGCAAUUAGGAAUUUGCACAAUCAACAUACCCUUCCUGGGGGAACGGGUCCAAUUCAAGUUAGAUAUGCUGAUGGAGAGCGGGAGCGCCUUGGAGCAGUUGAGUACAAAUUGUUUGUUGGCUCACUGAAUAAACAAGCUUCAGAAAAAGAAGUCAAGGAAAUCUUUUCUCCAUAUGGUGUAGUUGAAGAUGUUUACCUUAUGCGAGAUGAAAUGAAACAGAGUCGGGGGUGUGGAUUUGUGAAGUAUUCGCAUAGGGAUAUGGCAUUGGCAGCUAUAAAUGCACUUAAUGGAAUCUAUACAAUGAGAGGUUGUGAUCAACCAUUAAGUGUUCGCUUUGCUGACCCAAAGAAGCCUAGAUCUGGAGAUUCAAGGGGCACCCCUGCAUUCGGAGGUCCUGGUUUUGGUUCUCGCUUUCAAGCACCUGGGCCAAGCGGACCAAUGCCUAAUUUUGGUGAAUUUAUGGGCGAUCAAUUUCCAAUUGAUGUACGAGGGUUUAGGCCACCUGUUGAUGCUGGUAUUCACCCCUUUGGGGGUCAGUUGCCUCCUAGGUCCAGUGAAAUGGGAUUGCCUUUGAAUUUGGGUGGUCCUACUAGUGGGUUCAGAGGUCCCAGUCAAGGGUUAAUCAAUCCAGCAUCCUCAGUUUCUCAACAGAAUUUUAAUCAGUCAGCAACCCAACAUCCACCGCUUGGCCUCCAAACAUCGCCAAUGCUAAAGCCUGUUCAGUCACCGAAACAAUUGCCAGCUUCGAGUCAAUUGCAGCACCCUCAUGCUCCACCUCCCUAUUCUCAGAUACAUACAUCUGCAUCGUUAGUACAACAGCAUAGUCAACCACAAAAUUUUAAGUCUUCUGGUCCAAUGCCCUUCAGUCAGCCCGUGCCUUCACAAGAGUCACCUGGCUUAGGUGGGCAGCUGCCUGUAUCUCAGGCUAUGGCCCAGCAGGGCGCCUCAUCUUCUGCAGCUACACAGGCUCCUUUGAGUGUGAACUUACAAUCCCAUGCUGUUUCAGCUGCUAAUCAACAGCAGCUUCCUGCUCCGGUUCAACCACAUCAGAAUUCACCUUCUCAGUUAGCUCAUAUGCUGUCGCAACAAAAACAAACUCUGCAGGCUAGUUUUCAGUCUUCCCAGCAGGCAUUCUCUCAGCUACAGCAGCAGUUGCAGCUGAUACAACCAUCAAACCAAAGUUCAGCACUGCAUCAGAGUUCCCAGGCUAUUAAGCAACAGUCGCACUGGGUGGGGGUUGUUUCACAGUCAACUGCCAGUGCCACGUCUUCUGUAACUUCAGAUACACAUUCAUCUACAGUUGUUCCUCCUGCAACAAUAAAUACCCAAGUUGUAGCUCCUUUGAAAUGCAAUUGGACAGAGCACACUUCUCCUGAUGGUUACAAAUAUUAUUAUAAUAGCGUAACUGGUGAGAGCAAGUGGGAGAGACCUGAAGAGCUUGCGGCAAUUGAACAACAACAAAAGCCACAGCCACCAGUACUGCAGCCUCAUAACCAGCCACAUCAUCAACUACUAUCUGCCCAGCAACUCUCUCAAACUCCGCAAGCCCAGAUUCAAGCCCAAUUCCAGACACAGAUGCCUCACCCUCAGCCGCUACAGCAACCUUCAUUCCCUUCACAGGAAGGUGCUUAUACACAAUUGCAGACCGCUAAUAGUUCAGUAAAUGAUCCUACCCGCUUCCACCAGGGACUCCAGGGGACUCAAGAGUGGGCAUGGAAGAAUAAAUAAUCAGCAGGAGCUUGAAGUGGAACAAUGGAAUCUUCAGGUCAGCUGGUGCAUCUGCCAUUUUAGUUGGAUGAAGAAAGUAGGCUCCUACUUCCUUGAAGUUCAAAGGCAGAGAAUAGCUUUCUAAAGUUCAGAAACCACAGUUGGGACGAACAAUGGUUCAAGGGAGGUUCUGUCUGCCGCAAAGUUCUGUUUACUGAGAGAUGAUUAUUAUUCUGUUGAAGUAAAAAGCGUGGCCUAAUAUCAUCGCUCCACUGUAGAGUUGAACCUUUAAAUGCAUCGGCUUAGUUACAACAUAAUGCUAUUGAUGUAUCAUAUUGCUAAAAUCGCUGUAUUGCUUAUAAAGUGUGUAAUUUUAUAAAUUAAUCUCUUGCAGAUUCUGGCGGCUCUUAAAAAUUGUUGUUAAAGAGAAUAUGUAGACUUCUUUUUUUCUUUUUUGUAGCCGGGAUUCAUUUACUUGAAAUACUAGUUGACAAUAGUACCUUCUCCAAUUUAGCAA